AUGCUUGCCCCUGGCUCUGGCCCUGCCGCUGCCCCUGCUCCCCCGGAGCGAAAGAUCACCCGCCGCGGGACCAAGGGUCGAGCAAAGCGGCUCGCAAGAGGUAUGCACAUCAAUACACACGGCUUUUCUAGGAUGAUCGGACAGGAUACUGACUUACAACAGCGCGCGGUUCGGCCCUUGGCCCCGGCGGGGGCUUGUCUUCGCCCACCCCCCCCACCUCCUCCUCCUGCGGUGCUCCUGCCUCCACCCGGGGCGAGAAAGCUCCCGCUCCGGCGGCCCCCCCGGUGUGGAUCCAGGGCACCGCAGUCCGCCUCCUCCCCCAUCCGACCCACUGGCGAGGCCGCCCCCCCCUCGCCCAGCAUCGCCACCCGUACUGGCCGGAUGGUUCUGUCUCCCUCGCCUCCGGCCAGUCCCCCUCGUUCCGUCGCGUCGUUCUCGGCUCGCUCCCCCCCUGUCAAUAGUAAGUCCUCUUUAUCCUUUAUCACCUUUCCUGUGAUAUUAGUUAUUUUGUACUGGGUUGCUUGGUAUUGGCCUUGUCGAUGUGUUAUGUCAUGA